GUAGUCUGUGUCCUGUGAAAUUAAUUGCUCAAACAAGCGAUUGGCGUCAUUGUUUUCUUUACUUUUUCAAUUGCAAUAAGUUAGUACUGUAAUAUUGUUAUCUUCUAUCGAAAUAAAUAAUCGUAAUAACUUCAAACUACUGAUAUGUCGAAAGCACAUCCACCAGAAUUAAAAAAAUUCAUGGACAAGAAAUUGUCAUUAAAGCUAAAUGCUGGGCGGGCAGUCACCGGUGUCCUUCGAGGUUUUGAUCCGUUUAUGAAUUUGGUACUUGAUGAAUCCGUAGAAGAAACAAAAGAUGGCCAGCGAAACAAUAUAGGCAUGGUGGUUAUCCGAGGAAACAGUAUCGUUAUGUUGGAAUCAUUAGAUAGAAUAUAGUAUUAAUUUGCUUUAGGUUAAGGACUAGAUUUAAUAUAAGUAAAUUUGUACAAGCAUAUAUCUAAAACAUCUGUUUAAUUAAUAAUAGUAUGAUAGCCUUUUUGUUACUAUUUCUUAUUUGUCUCUAUACUGUAAUGGGUAAAAUAAGAUAUGGACCUGGUGUGAAACUUUACAAUAAGCAAUUUAAAUUUUACUGCCCACAAUAUAAAUAAAAAUAUCAGCCUGUA